GCAUACAGUGCAGACUGCAACCCAGUUAAGUUAUUUCUUCCAAACCUUGGGAUUUGGUCCCAAAACAAUACUUUGUGUUCAUUAACUUUUGUCUCUCUCUCUCUGUUUCUGAUAUAUUUCUGAAUUUAAUAAUCCUUAAGUCCAGUUUUGUCAGAGGUGAGCAUUAACAUAAUUUAUUUGUUUGAUUCUGUUUUUUCUUUCCAGUCUAGUGAAAGAAAAAGGUGGUCUGUAUUAAGGCUGCCAUGGAUCUUACACCAAGCUUGAGCCCCAGAAUAGCCAUAAUAGAACUCUGUGCAAUGUGUUCAGUGCCCAUGUCUCUCAAAGCUGCUCUGAAUCUCAAUGUUUUUGAGAUCAUGGCCAAGGCCUCAAAGCCCAUGUCUGCCCAAGAAAUAGUGAAGGAGAUGCCUCAAAGCAAAUCCCCAAGUUAUGAGAAUUUGGGCAGGAUAAUGAGACUCCUCACCAGCUACCAUGUCUUUGAAGAACAUGUAGACCAGAGUAUGGAAAACCCAACCAAAUAUGAACUUACAGCUGUAGGUAAAACCUUGGUCAGGAGGGAAGAUGGGUGCUCCUUGGGCUCCUUGAUCCACCUGAAUCAAGAUAGAGUAUUGAUGGAUGCCUGGCAGUUUCUCCAUGAGGCAGUCACAGAUGGGGAUGUGGAGCCCUUUGUUAAAUGUCAUGGUAAGAACGUCCUAGAAUUGGUUUUGGAAGAUCCAGAAGUUAACACUAAGCUCCUCAUAGAAUCCAUGGCCUCCUCUAGCAUGUUAUUCAUGGAGGACUUGCUUGCAUCCUCUUACAAUGGCUUUCAAGGGAUCAAUGUUUUGGUAGAUAUAGGUGGUGGAAUUGGCAAAUCCCUGAGCAUGAUAGUGGCCAAAUAUCCUUCCAUUACAGGGAUCAAUUUUGAUCUCCCUCAUGUUAUUCAACAUGCACCAUCUUUUUCAGGAGUGAAACAUGAAAUGGGUAGUAUGUUUGAGAGUGUACCUUCUGGAAAUGCUAUGUUUUUAAAACGUGUACUACAUAAUUGGAGUGAUGAACAAUGCAUAAAGUUAAUAAGAAAUUGUUAUGAGAAGCUAGAUGAACAAGGCAAGGUGAUUGUGCUUGAUUGUGUGUUGCCAAGCAAGACAAAUGCAAAUGCAGAUUGUAGAGCUGCAUUGGAGCUUGAUUUACAUAUGAUGGUAUUAAAUGAAGGAUCAAAGGAGCGAAGCUUCCAUGAUAUCAAAAUAAUUGCAGAAGCUGCAGGUUUUAAGUCAGUGAAACUUGUCUAUCAGUUAGAUGUGUUGCUCUCCAUAAUUGAAUUGUACAAAUAAAUGAUCUAGAGAAAUCACACAUAUCUUAAAUUAUUAUUAUAGUUAUAUUAUGCACCGGUAAUGAUUAGAGAAAUCAAGACUUUAUGCUAUAUGGAGCUAGUCUAACAGAAAUCAAGAUAUAAAGUUAGAACAGACUUGUAAAUUUUAAACUACUAUAUUAAAUGUAUUGUCUUGAGUUUAGCUAUUAUAAAAAUCAUUCAUGACAUAUAUA